AUGAAGGUCUCCGCAGCCCUCCUGUGCCUGCUGCUCACCAUGGCCACCUUCAGCCCCCAGGGGCUGGCUCAGCCAGAUGCCCUCAGUGCCCUGACCGCUUGCUGCUUCAAGUUUAACAGUAAGAAGAUGCCCUUGCAGAGGCUGAGGAGCUAUCGAAUCACUGGCAGCCAGUGCCCCCAGGAAGCCGUCAUCUUCAGAACCAAACUGGCCAAGGACGUCUGUGCCGACCCCAAGGAGAAGUGGGUCCAGAAUUACAUGAAAUACCUGGCUCAAAAAUCUCCCACCCGGAAGACUUGA